AUGGCUCAAUUCGCCGGCCUUCUCCUGGUUCUCCUAUCCGCCUUUGCGUCUCUUAUACAGGCACAGGCGCAAGCAAAACCGUCGCCGUCGCCUAAAACCCCACCUUCUUGCUCCAUGAAGGAUAUCCGUCAGAUGGACGUGUCAAAGUGUGCCUGCGAGCCUCAUCACAAAGACACGUGCCAUAAACUUGGAUGUACAGCCUGCUUUGGCAACGCCGAUAUCAAAUCACGAUAUACCAAGAGCCCCCAGUGCGCUGUCGGAUGUACCGAUGCCGACAAGGAAUGUACGGGAUGCGGCUUAUGGUUUUCUACGCUUUGUACCUGUCUCAGAUAUGAUGAUUGCAACAAGACGGCACCGUAUUCGAACCCACCUGCAAACCAGGCGAUAUUCGUUUUGACCAACAGUGACGAGAAACUCGUGACUACCACGGACGUGCUUCCGGGAAUCUUGGAGAUGGCCAACAACCCUGCCCGAUACGAGGUAGGCUGGAAGCUUGCUCAGGAGAAUUACGAUCGUGGCACCCAUGCACUGGCAUUGAACUCUGUUCGGUCAAGAACGCACGAGCAAUUUCACAUUCAUGUUUGCGAGAAGCCAGAUGUGAAAUCGAAAGAACCCAGAAUCAUGGAGAUUCUCGACCAAAUCCCCAAGAAGGAUCAUAAUUACAGCAAGCACCUGAAGCCAGUUGCAAAACAUGAUGAUCUCUACUGCAGGACGAUCGAGGCAGGCCACCCUGAUGUGUUCUACGACUUUAUACAGGGCAUCAAAGAGGUUUUGGACGAUAAGGCGUUGAAUGUCAAUGGCAAGAUCUGCCACGAUUUUGCGGGAGCAGGUAUCAUCCGAGAUAGCCAUCACAAUAUGUGGGCUUGUGUUACUGGCAACCGUGAGGGCCCGUUGGCCAGGUUCUGCAAGGGCUAG